AUGGCUUCUGGAUCUGCUUCUGAUGAUACAGUCCUUCAUCAUUCUAUCCAAGAGGAUAAGACCUGUGGACAAUGUAGAAGAAGUGGAAGCUCAAGCAAUUCUUCAGGAAGGCUUACCAAGAGAACCAACAACAGUCAAGACAGUAACUGUAGUUUACGUUUCAUCCAGUCUGGAAGUUCUCUGUUUAACUAUUCCAGUGACUUUCAUGAUAACACUUCAAGAAGAGCUGUCAAUGGCAGCAAGGACAGCAUUUGUUCAGAGGAGAACUGUGGAACUUCUCAGAAGUACUAUUGCAAAGAUUUUCACUCAGAUUCCUCUGAAAACCACAUAAGUGAAGGGAGUGGCAGCUACAUCAUCCCAUUGCCCCAGAAACAAAAAACUAAAAAGCGGAUCUUACCAGAGAAGAAAAAGGGAAAUGAUGUCCAUCCAAAAGGAGGCAAAAUGUUGCCUAAAAAUAAACCUCAGCAGAAGAACACAUUUAUUACUGACCAUACCAUCGAUGCAGGGAGGAAAAAUAAGACGGCUUGCCGACUAUUGUCAGCAAGAGACCAUAAAAUUAAACAACUGAAAAGUGAAGCUGCUCUUCUGCAGAAUAAAUUGAAGACCUUUACUACGGAAAAUAAUAUCUUGAAGCGUCUUCAGUCUAGGCAUUUAAAAGCAAUCAAGAAAUACGAACAUGCCGAGAUUAACCUGCCUGAUCUUUUGGCCACACAGUCUACUGAAGCGCGGACUCUGAGAGCACAUCUCAAGCUAUCUCAGGAAGAAGAGCGCAGGGCUUCCAAGAAGCUGAGAGAUGUUCAUGCAGAGCUCUUAAAAACAACAGAUGCCUUGCGGGUAUUGCAGAAACUUUAUGAGUCCAAGAAACUUGAAGAGAGAGAAGAACUUCACCAAAAAUUAACAGCAUUUACCCAAAAAUUGGAAGCCAGUGAAAAGAAAACCCAGGAUUUGGAAAAGCAGCUCUCGUUGAACACUGCUUCUUUUCGUCACCAGUUAGCAGUUGAGAAAAAAAAGAUAAUUGAAGCUCAGUCAAUCACAGCAAAUUUACGAGUAGAAAUCCAGUCGCUGAAGCAAAAACUUAAGGAAAGAGACCGAGAAGUAGGCAUCAGAAAUAUUUAUGCGCACCGGAUGCCAAAAGGUCAUCCAGAGAAAGCCGAUUCAUGUUCUUCUCCAAAAGUUGUUAAAGUCAACAAAGCAAUUCAAGUAAAUAUCAGCCUAAAAGCCACGUCUCUUCGGAAGCCUGAGCCUGAUGUGAGUCCAAUGACUUUCCACGAGGUAUGGCACACCUGA